GGGCCGAGACGCCUCCCGCAGGGAGUCCCCUCGCGGCCGCGCUCCCGCGUUACCCGCAGCGGCCGGGGACCCGGAGUGUGCGGGGGCCCCGAGACCUAGCCGGGCGCCCCCCAGCGGCCGGCGCGGGCCCCAUGGCUGGGCCGGGCGGAGCGGAAGCGGCGAGGUGAAGCCCCGGGGCCGGCAGCCGGAGCGCGUGGCGGGGGCGCCGGCUCCAUGGGCAGCUGCACACGGCGGCGCGAUGAUGGACGUUAACAGCAGCGGCCGCCCGGACCUCUACGGGCACCUCCGCUCUUUCCUCCUGCCAGAGGUGGGGCGCGGGCUGCCCGACCUGAGCCCCGACGGUGGCGCCGACCAUGUCGUGGGCUCCUGGGCGCCGCACCUGCUGGGCGAGGUGACAGCCAGCCCCGCGCCCACCUGGGACGCGCCCCCGGACAAUGCCUCUGGCUGUGGGGAGCAGAUCAACUACGGCAGAGCCGAGAAAGUUGUGAUCGGCUCCAUCCUGACGCUCAUCACGCUGCUGACGAUCGCGGGCAACUGCCUGGUGGUGAUCUCCGUGUGCUUCGUCAAGAAGCUCCGCCAGCCCUCCAACUACCUGAUCGUGUCCCUGGCGCUGGCCGACCUCUCGGUGGCCGUGGCGGUCAUGCCCUUCGUCAGCGUCACCGACCUCAUCGGGGGCAAGUGGAUCUUUGGCCACUUUUUCUGUAACGUCUUUAUCGCCAUGGACGUCAUGUGCUGCACGGCCUCGAUCAUGACCCUGUGCGUGAUCAGCAUCGACAGGCUUGCUGACUGGAGCCUUGUUCCAGGUCUGAAUGGCUGGUUCUAG